AUGGACUUUAUUGAAGGGCUACCCACUUCACUUGGAAAGAAUGUGAUCAUGGUAGUAGUUGACCGCCUGAGUAAGUAUGCACACUUCAUCUCUAUUGCUCACCCCUACAUCGCAGGAACAGUGGCGAAGUACUUUCUCGAUCACAUUUUUUGCCUGCAUGGUUUACCAAAAACUAUUGUUAGUGACCGUGAUCUGGAGUUCACUACCACAUUUUGGAAGGAAUUGUUCCGCUUGAGUGGAACCGAACUCUUAAUGAGCACGGGCGUCACCUGCGUACAGGCCGUAGAAGAGGAACUCCAAAGUCGCGAAUUCAUCCUCACCCUCCUCAAAGAGAACUUGCAGGAAGCACAAGCUCAGAUGAAAUUCUUUGCAUAUCAGAAACGAACUAACUGUGAAUUUAAGGUUGGUGACUGGGUGUUCCUCCACUUGCGUCCCAACCGCCAGAUGUUCGUAGCUUUGCGCCGGAAUCUGAAACUGGCACCUUGCUACUACUGCCCCUCUCAGGUGUUGAAGAAGGUGGGAACCGAAGCCUUUACCUUGGAUUUACCCCCAGAAAGCUAG